GCGUUAUUUACUUAGAAGAUCACGUGGUCAGAUAGGAGAGAGACGUGCUUUCAACUCCAUAGGAGUGUCUCUUCUUGUUAUCGUAGUUAUUUAUAGUUGAUAUGUGUCGUUGUUACUUACAAAUAACGUCAGAAUCAUGUUAAAUUAAUGUUUAAUAAAGUGUUUUCGUUUAAUAAUCGUGUUAUAAGGUAUUAUGAGUUCUCCAGAAGAAGGAAAGUAUGGUACGCCAUAUAAAUAUGACCCAAACUUCCAAGGACCAUUUGAGAAAAGGAGCUGUACUGACAUUCCUUGUUGUUUAAUAUUUCUUAUAUUCAUUAUUGGAUGGAUUGCUCUUGCUGGAUUUGCUUUUACUCAAGGUGACCCAGAUCUUUUAAUUAAUCCCACAGAUAGCGAGGGAAAUAUUUGCGGCAGAGGAAAAUUUGAAAAUAGACCAUAUCUCUUCUUUUUUAAUCUGCUGGAAUGUGCAAAAGCAACAGUUCUUUUUACAGGAUGCCCCACUACUCAAGUCUGUGUUGAGAGAUGUCCAAAUUCUACUUUUUCAGUUUGGACUGAUUUAAGUUCAAAUGAAGAAGAAGUAAAGAGUAAAAUGAUUUGCAAGUAUGACGUUGACAAAUCAAAGAAAGAUGCCCAACAGCUUGCUAGGGAUGGUGAUUGUGCUUCAUUUUACCUAAAUAGCAAUGCAGGUGAUUUUAUUGAAAAUUCUGGUAUUCCCAUUACUUUAUUGCACAGAUGUCUUCCGCUUCCCAUUGACUCUACCGUGGUCAUCAAAGAUGACGAUGACAGCGUUAUCAAUGACAGUCGUUUACGGAAGGCUCUCGAAAAACUUGCAAAAUUUAACAAUGCAAAAGACAAAGGAAUGAAGAUAUUUCAAGAUAUUAAAAUUGUUUGGAAAAGUAUCUUAUUUGCAUUGCUAGCUUCUCUAGUGAUUGCAUUUAUCUGGAUAUUUUUGAUGAGGUGGAUAGCGGGAAUCAUGCUGAUCUUUAGCAUUUUUGCCGUUCUUGGAUUGUUCGGUUAUUUGUCAUACUAUAGUUAUACUCAAUAUAAAUAUCAGAGAGAUUUGAGCCAAACGACCAACUCUACCAAGGAACUUAUAAAACUUUCGGAGCAGGCCUAUUUCAACAAGGAUACUUGGCUGGUCUUAACAAUUGUCACAGCGGUCAUUUUGGGAAUUCUUCUUCUACUCUUGAUAUUUUUGCGUAAUCGCAUUAGAAUUGCCAUAGCACUAAUUAAGGAAGGUAGCAGGGCCGUCGGCUGCAUGAUAUCUUCUUUGAUAUUUCCACUGUUGCCUUAUGCUCUUCAUCUGGCUGUCUUUGUGUUUUGGGGUGCAACUGCAGUUUAUCUUGCAUCCACUAGGAAAAAACAAUUUUACAUGGUCGAUGAUGUGAAUGGCACCAAGCCUUGUGAUUCAGAAAAUGAGACUCUCAUCAAAAUGGGAAAGUGUAAGUUCGAUGACUACAUUGGUAAACACACAGUGUAUGGACAGAUAUAUAAUUUGGUCGCAUUCCUUUGGGCAAAUUUCUUCAUCUUGGGAUUCGGACAGCUGUCGCUGGCAGGAGCCUUCGCUUCUUAUUAUUGGACGUUCGACAAGAAGUAUGGUGUUCCAUCUUGUGCAGUGGCGAAAAGUAUGAGCAGAGCAAUAAGGUAUGUUUUUACUAAUUAUAGAAAAGAUUAAAAUUUGAAAUUUUUGCAAUGUACAA